AUGGAAGAAAGAAACUUGGAGAGCAAUAAUACGAUUGAUGGUAAUUUUGAAGAAGUUACUGUCAAGAAGGUAAUUGAGUUUAAACCUCCAUUAUACAGACAGCGUUACUACUUUGUGAAAAAUUUAGUGAAUCAACAUAAACCCAAGAAGGUUGCUGACUUGGGCUGUGGUGACGCUUCACUCUUAUGGCUGCUAAAAUUUCACAGUUGCAUUGAGCUGCUUGUUGGAGUAGAUAUUAAUGAAGAUAAACUGAAAUGGAAGGGGAGUAAGUUGUCUCCAUUCUUGGGGGAUUUUCUAAGUCCUCGGGAUCUGGAUUUGACUAUUUUUUUGUAUCACGGUUCUGCAGUAGAGAGAGAUUCUCGUUUGCUUGGAUUUGAUUUGAUAACAUGUAUUGAAUUAAUAGAACAUUUGGAUCCUGAAGAUUUGGCCAGGUUUCCCAAAGUUGUAUUUGGAUACUUUUCUCCAGCAAUGGUCAUCAUCAGCACACCCAAUAUUGAGUUCAACCCCCUGUUUCCAACAGUUACCCUAAGAGAUUCGGACCACAAAUUUGAAUGGAACAGAAUGCAGUUUCAGACCUGGGCUUUAGAUGUGGCUAACCUCUAUAAUUACUCUGUGGAGUUUACUGGGGUAGGGGAGCCACCUGCAGGAUCUGAGGAGGUUGGAUACUGUACCCAGAUAGGAAUCUUCCAGAAAAACCAUGCCAUGCCAUCCAAUCCAUGUAAAUCUGAACAGCACAGUGAAAUUGUUUAUAAACCUAUUUUUACAGUUACCUACCCAAGUUUGCAGCAAAAACGAUUCCGCCAACUUGUGUUGACUAAUGAAGUGUUCCGAGAAGUCCAGAGCAUGAGACGUACAUUUGUCCAAAACCUAAAGCCACCUAAUGAAGAAAGUGCUAAGUCAGAAGACACUGGUCUCUCAAAUGCCUGUAUAACACUCCUGAAACCAGUCUUCACAGAGGCAGAGAAGAACAAAAUCGAGAAGUCUCCUGCACCCUUCUGCAUAGGAAACAACUUUUACGUGCCUUUGGAAAGACUCCUUGCUUAUCCCAAGGUGAACCGCUUGUGUGAAAACAUCGAGGUGCUGAAAGCUCUCCUUGCGGAUUCAGUCGUGUUGAACAGCGAUGGCUCCGCCCUGAAGGUUGACUUGCUGGAUGAAGAAGAGAUUUACUGA